AGCCCCUUCCUUUCCCACAGUCAACAGGAAGACUGAGCUGAGUCAGAGCGAAGACCAGACAGAGAGGACCCAAACGCUCAGGAGAAGGAGGACGUUUCAAAAGCUUCCAAUCCAGCACAAAAAAAACGAUAAGUCUGAAAGAAGGAAUGAACAUAAGGAGUAAGAAUCACAGAGAGGUGGAGAAACUCCAGUUAACGUCUCCACACAGCGUCGAGGUGGAGAAAUCAGACAAGAAAAGUUCCAAAUACAGGGAGGGGGAGCUUCCAAUGCAAACUACAAAGGAAAAGCAGAGGUCGUCCAGUAUGGCUGGGCAAGUAUCCAAGAGCUCAGCACAGCGACUCAGCCGAGACCUGACCUGUUCUAUCUGCCUGGACCUCUUCAAGCAGCCUGUCUCCCUGCCCUGCGACCACACCUUCUGCCAGGCAUGUAUCGCUGGCUACUGGACGGGCCCCAGAGGCCAGGUCCAGGGGGGGUCCGGAUCCUGUCCCCAGUGCAGGAAGGUCUUCCCUGGCCAGAGCUACCGGCCCAACCGCAUCGUGGGUAACAUAGUGGAGAGCUACUGCCAGGGCCUAGAGGAGAGAGAGGGGCUGCUGGGGGACAUGGGCGUACCAGAGAGGAGCCUUGCUCCUGCUCCUGCCCCGUGCUGUGGCCGGCACCGAGAGGAGCUAAAGCUCUACUGUGAGGAGGACCAAGAGCUGUUGUGUCUGGUGUGUGGACUCUCUCAGGAGCACCGGAACCACAACAUGGUGUGUGUCCAUGAGGCACAGCAGAGAUACAGGGCGUCUCUCAGCAGUUCCAUGGACUCUCUGAAAGGGGAGCUGAACAUAGCCCUGCAGUGUGAGAGAGAGACUGAAGACGAGGUCAAGAAGCUCAAGGAGCACACGGCAGACCUGAAGCAGCGCAUCGAGGCCCAGUUCAGCGACCUGCACCAGUUUCUGUACCAGGAAGAGAAGCUGCUGCAGGUGAAGCUGAAGACAGAGGAGCGUAGGGAGCUGAUCAGGCUGGACGAACACAAGGCCCUGCUCUGUGUGGAGGUCUGCCGUCUGCAGAGGGCCCUGAAUGAGAUCGAGGACAAGCUGAGGGAACAGGACCCCUUUACAUUGCUGCGGAAUAUCAAGACCCUGGUCCAGAGGCCGACUCCCAAGUUUGAAAAGCCUACUCUCACGGUCCCCAGCCUGUGUGAGGGUCGGUUCGCAGGGCCCCUGCAGUACCGAGUGUGGAAAUCACUGAAAGGAAGCAUCUACCCAGUUCCGGCCGCCAUCACCUUGAAUUCGAGCACGGCCAACCCCUGGCUUAGCCUGACCUCCUCCCUCACCUGUGUCCGCUACCAGACCUUCAACCACUCUGUCCAGGACAACCCCAACCGCUUCAAUGCUGCCCUGUCUCUACUGGGCAGUCAGGGCUUCACCUACGGCCGCCACUACUGGGAGAUAGAGGUCUACAGCAGCACUGUGUGGACCGUGGGUGUGGCUAGAGAAACUGUAUCGAGGAAGGGAGUAAUCAAAGCCUUGCCGGCCAAUGGCUUUUGGACCCUGUCCCUGUCCUAUGGAAUACAGUACAUGGCCUGUACAUCGCCCCCUACUGUGCUUUCACUGGAGGAGCCUCUGGCUAGGAUAGGGGUAUAUCUGGAUUAUAAGAGGGGUCUGGUGUCUUUCUACAAUGCAGAGAGCAUGACACAUCUCUAUACGUUCCGUGAAACGUUCACAGAGACGUUGUACCCCUACUUCAAUCUGGGAUUCCUGGAUAAAGUGCAUGAGAAUGAGCCCCUCAAAGUUUUCCUUCCCAAAAUCUGACAGAUGCGGCACUUAUCUAUUCCCCACAAAGCCUGAGGCCAUCCUUACACUGGUGUGGUGUUAAAAUACCCUCAGAAUCUAACUGUUAGAUUAUAAGCUAUAUAUAUUAUAUUAUAUAUAUUAAAUAUAGAUAUUAUAUUGUUUGAGAUGUUAGAGAGAGUAAGCAGGCCAACUGUAAAUAAUACAUUUUUCAAAUGUAAUCUUGAUGUGGGCCAGAGCUUCACCAUCAAGGUUUGUUAAAUGUAUGUAUGCGCAAUAACCUUUUGCAGUAUUACAGUGUAAAUUGUACGUGACUGGCGUAAACAGAAUGAUGAAUACAAAAUUGCCUUAUCGUGUACAAUGUAAGGCAGUUCAAUAUUUGGAGACAUAAAUGGGCCAACUAUUUUAAUAAGUCAUCUUCAAUGCAUGAUAAUAAUCUUUGAGUGGAUUGUGGAUAUCAUCAGUAUUUCAAACGUUCACCUCACAAUACUGUACCAUUCAAAAUAAAUAAGAAUUUGUUUUGUGUCUCUGUGUUGAAAUAGAACCUGAUAUUUGAUCUGGACAGUCUCAGCACAAACAGUAACAGGCAUAAACACACUUCUGCAUGGUGGAUUUGUGCAUAUCAGAGCACAGGAAAGAGGAAUCUCAUUAAGAGGUCAUUUGGAAAGAGUUUUCUGUGUGGCUGUGUCAGUCUUUCUUCCUGUGAUCCUUUUGGUUUAGCCUACAGUAAAUUGAACCGAGCUGAGUAAUGCGUCAAAAAUAUUGGAGUAAAAUUGAUGGACCAUUUCCAAGAAAUCCCUGACUAACCAAGAAAGAGAGGGAGAGAGCGAGCAGUUUAAACCUGCACAGUGAUUGUUUUGUGUGUGUGCCAUUAGCAGUAGCACUUUGAGGAAAACAUUCUCAUUCCACCAUGCAGGCUGAUACAACCUACACACAUCAGGAGUGGUCCCGUGUGACUCAGUUGUUAGAGCAUGCCGCUAGCAACACCAGGGUUGUGGGUUUGAUUCUCACAAGGGAUCAGUAUGAAAAUGUGUCUUGAGUAUUUGGACAAAUUCACUUUUCAGUGAAUUAAAGUGGUAUUUUUUGGUCCCAUAUUCCUAGCACGCAAUGAAUGCAUCAAGCUUGUGAUGGAUGCAUUUGCAGUUUAUUUUAGUUGUGUUUCGGAUUAUUUUGUGUAAAAUAGAAAUGAAUGGUAAAUAACGUAUUGUGUCAUUUUGAAGUGCCUUUCAUUGUAAAUAAAAACAUAAUUUGUUUCAUAACACUUCUACAUUAAUGUGGAUGCUACCAUGGUUACAGAUAACCAUGAAUAAUGAUGAGUGAGAAAAUGAAAGAGUGAUAAAUAUCAAAACCUCCAAAAAAUGUUAACCUCCCCUGUUAUUGGUAAUAGUGAGAAGGUAGCAAGUUUUGGGGGUAUAAUCUUUGUGCCUCUGUAACUUUCACACUCAUUAUUUAGGAUUGAUUCAGGACAAUACAUAAUCAUGAUAGCAUCAACAUUAAUGUAGAAGUGCUUGUAAACAUAUUCUAUUCUUAUUUACAAUAAAAGUGACUCCAAAAUGACAAAAUACAUAUUUACCAUUAAUUUCUAUUAGGCACAAAAUAAUCUGAAACACAACCAAAGCAAACUACAAAUGCAUUCAACAAGUUUGUAGAGUCACAAGCUUGAUGUAGUAAUUGUGCGCUAGGAAUAUGGGACCAAAUAAUACAAUGUUUGACUACUUUAAUAUGUUAUAAGUGAAUUUGUCCAAAUACUUAUGACACCUUCAAAUGGGGGGACUAGAUACAUUAAGUGCUUCAAUUUUUAAACGGUAAAUGAGAUAUGUAUGAAAAUACCCUCAAAUAAAAGGUGACAUUCUGAACUGUCACCUCAUAUUUAACAUUUGAUCUUAAAUCCAAAAUGGAGUGUAGAGCCAAAUGAAAUGUUUUAGCUUCACUGUCCAAAUAAAUACAGUUGAAGUCGGAAGUAAACCAAAAACCACAUACACCUUAGCCAAUGCCACGCCCUGGCCAUAGAGAGGCUUUUUAUGCAGCUGUCUAUCGUUGUCUCUAAUUGAGAACCAUACUUAGGUACCCUUUUCCCCCACCUGUUUUGUGGGAAGUUAACUUUAACUUUGUUCAGGGCACAUAGCCCAAAGCGUCACGGUUUUGUUCUUUGUUUUG